AUGUCUACCAAAGAGGAAGUCUUGCAGAGACACAAGAAGGAACAAAAGGAUUUAGUUGCAACUAUUACUGGUUUAAAGAAGCAGUCCACAAAAAAAUCUAGAAAAAAUGUGAUAUCCAAGUGUAAUGAAUUGCAAGAGACUCUAAAUUUGAAACAAAAAGACGAGCUUCGUCAAUUUGAAGAUCAUAAAGAAGAUGAGGUAACUCCUGAAAAGUUGUUAGAGCAGUUGGAAAUAAAUAAUUAUGACGACCAUAAAAAUACAGAAGACAAAUCUAUUCACGUAGCAUUAACUAAACCAAAAAGAAAUAGGCAGAAAGAACGCAUAGCUAAAAGACAAGCAGAAAUCGCAAAGAUGAAAGAAGAAGCUUCUCGCGAAGCUGAAAACACUAUCGAUUACAGGAAAAUAGAAGAGGAAUCAAUGAAAGAGCUUCUUCUGCGUAAUGGCCUUCAGAUGCACGAAAUAAAUCCAGAUGGGCAUUGUCUCUUCGCCUCGAUCGUAGAUCAACUACUGACGAGACUCGAUUUGACCACAAGUGUUCAAGAAUUGCGGAAUAAGGCUGCAAGUCAUAUUUUCGAACAUGAAGAAGAUUUUAUCCCCUUCAUGAUUGACGAAGAAACUGAUACAAUGCGUCAAUUGGCAGAUUACAUCGAAGAACUCAAAAGCACGGCAAUGUGGGGCUCAGAUAUGGAAAUAUUAGCACUAGCUAGGGAGUACGAUUGUCCAGUGACAGUAUUUGUUGCUGGGUCAUCUAUGAUCAAGAUUAACGAACAGGCAACGAAUCCCGAAUUGAAACUAGCAUAUUAUAAACACUCUUAUGGUCUAGGUGAACACUACAAUUCUCUUCGUGAUUUGAGCUAG